AUGGACGUGCUAGUGCGCGAGCUGCGGCGGACCGCCGACAUGGCCGUGCGCGUAGCGGGCAGGGGAGACGGCGACUCGCCACACAGCCCUCGCGACGACGACCGGCAGACACGGCGACAGCCCUCUGACGCCACGCACAGCCCCCCUCGCAGCGGCGACCCUCGGAACCCUAACGCCGACGAUGAUGGCUCGCAGAGGGCGGGCGCUGGUGCCGCGCGCAGCCCUUUGGAUUCCAACGCCGUGGGCGGAUCUAACAGUGACAGGGCACUCGGCACUGGGGGAGGCGCUGCCCCCGUUGCGACCAGGGAGGAGGGAAGCGGGAGCGAGGGGAGUGAGGGGGAGAAGAGAGGGAAGGAAGCGAGAGGGAAGGAGGCGAGAGGGGAGGAGGCGAGAGGGGAGGAGGCGAGAGGCGAGCAGGCGAGGCGGGAUGAGGCGAGGGACCCAGUGGCGACGGCAUUGAAGCUGGUGGGGAGGGUGAAGGAGGUGGUGCAGGCAAGCCAGAAGAACUCCGUCUUUCGCACCAUCUUCGAAAUGUCCCUCGACCCCAUGUUCAUAGUGUCUCGCGAGUUCCGCAUAAUGGACUGCAACGACGCCGCCGUGCGCCACAUGCGCUUCGCCUCCAAGGCCGAGGCCAUCUCGUGCUUCGACGCCCUCUCGGGCGCGCCCGAGUUCCAAGCCGACGGCCGGCGCUCCGCUGACGUGGCGGCUGUCAACGUGGCGCGCAUGCUGCGCGGCGAGACGGUCGUCGUGGAGUGGCGCCACCUGGCAGCCGACGGGACGCCGUUCGACGUGCUGUUGAAUGUGCGGGAGAUUCUGGUGGACGGGCAACGGUGCAUGCUGUCGGUCUGGCACGACCUGUCUGAGAUGAAGCGCAAGGAGGAGGAGCUGAAGGCGGCCAAAGAAGCAGCAGAAGCGGCAAACGAAGCCAAGAACCGGUUCCUGGCGAACAUGAGCCAUGAGCUGCGCACCCCCAUGAAUGGCGUCAUUGGUGUCGCCGAGCUGCUCCUCCGCACCCCCCUCACAGACGAGCAGCGCAUGUACCUGGACGUCAUCUGCUCCUCGGGAAACGCGCUCACCCACAUCAUCUCAGACGUUCUAGACAUCACCAAGAUUGAAGCGCACUCUCUUGCGCUCGAAUCCCACCCGUUUGACCUCCGGGAAACGGUGGUGGAUUCGUUAGAUGCGGUGAGAUCUGCUGCUAACAGGAAGGGCCUCCAGGUGACGAGCAGCGUGUGUGAGCAGCUGCCUGGGGCGGUGAUAGGUGAUCAGUUCCGCGUGCGGCAGAUUGUGCUCAACCUGCUGUCGAAUGCCAUCAAGUUCACCGAUGCUGGCACUGUGGGGAUUGCGGUUACCACCAGUGCGGAGCAGCCGGUGCUGCAGCGAGGGAAGACGGAGGGCGGCUGUGCUGGGUGGGUGUGCGGGGGUGGAUGGGAACGAGAGGAGAUGUGGGAGGCAGAGGAGAAGAGUGACGGUGGGGUUCUUGGCAAGAGGGCGAGAGGGGAGCAAUCAGUGGGUGCGGCGAAAGCAGGGACAGAGGCUAAAGAGGCUACCGCUGCUGCUGUGAGCACUGCCAAGCGGCUUCGCAGGGAUCAGUCGGGCGGACAGGCAGAAAUUCACCAGCAGCAGCAGCAGCAGCAGCAGCAGCAGGGGACGGUUCUGAGGGCAGCAGGAGAAGGCAAUGUGGCGGCAGCAGCAGCGCCAGUGUGGGUGCGGAUAGACGUUAGCGACACGGGCGUGGGCAUCUCCUCAGAGGCGAUGGCGCGGCUGUUCACGCCGUUCCGGCAGGUGGACGACUCACCGUGCCGCAAGCACGGCGGCACGGGCCUGGGUCUCUCCAUCUGUCGCUCGCUCGCGGCGCUCAUGGGGGGCUGCAUCUCCGUCGCCUCCUCCCCCCUCCACGGCUCCACCUUCUCGGUGUGCCUGCCGCUGCAACCCACCAGGCAACUCACCCAGCUGGAGGGCCGAGGGCGCGGGGGACGGGGUCGGGAGGAAGCAGCAGCAACAGUAGGAGCAGGAGCAGCAGGAGCAGGGUCAGUGAAUGAGGUGGGGGAGGGGAAGGCAGAGGGCUCACGGGAUGAGGGUUCUUCCAGGAAGUUGUCAGCGGGUAAAUGUUCCUCUGCUGCUGUGGGGAGUCCCAAGGGGAGUGGGGAUGGGAGAAGUGGAGGAGGCAAGCGUGUGGCACGUGCUGCUGGUGGUGUUGGUGCUGCUGCUGCUGCUGGUAGUGGCGGGGAUGGAGGCCCCUUCUCUGGGCUGCGGUGUCUGGUGGUGGAGGACAACGCGGUGAAUCGCAUGGUGGUGGUGCAGCUGCUGAGGAACCUGCGAGUCUCGUGUGACGUGGCAGAGAACGGGCACAAGGCCGUGGAGGCCUGCCGCUCCACCAACUACCACGUCAUCUUCAUGACAGCCACUCCUCCCGACCGACACAUCUCACCUGCUGUCCUCCCUCUACCUCCCAUGUAA